AUGCAGCGACGCAAUCAAAUGGACUCAGCUACGCAAAGCGGCGGUAGCAUCCCGACAUCAUCGCAGAAGAGACCUCGUCCAUCGUCUGCAGGCGCGAGGAUUCGCGAUGUUAUCGACCUCCGGGAGACGUCUCCCGCGCCAGCAUCUCAGCCCAACAAGCGAGCCAAGCAGAGCGACACUCUUGCCGAUGCGGAUCGUCCGAUCAAGCCGUACUUCCAGGAAGACUUUGUCCGAGAAGCACUUGCCAAGAGCAAGGGGGUCCGCCCAGCAUCGCCUCCCGAGCCGUCGCAUAUAUCUGAUCCGCGCGUACAGAAGGCGCCGGCAAUUCCCACCUCUCGGCAAGUUUCGCAACCCAUCAACGGGUCUAGCAACACUGUGCCGUCGGCUUCGCAACCUCAACCUACCAAUCUAGGAGGCGGCUCCUCCUCCAGGACUGUCGUCAGCGACGAUCAUGCCAACAGCAACAGCACUGGCAGCAGCAGCAGUGACGGAGACAUCCCUCUCGCCGCCACUAGCAAUCACUCGAUCAGGGCUUUCGAGGCAUCUGCGGAGGUACUCGCGGCGAUCUUCCAGAUGGAUGUGGCUGUAGCAAAGCUCAAGACAGCGUACGAAGGAGAAGUGCGGAGGAUGCAGGCGGAGCUCGUCGAGCGAGAUGUGCUCAUUGACGGUCUGCGAGCUCGACUCCGCCGAAAGGGCUCCAAGUGA